AUGCCUUUCUUCAGGCUCAAAACACUUUUCCCCUUAGUCGCCAUCUUGUCUAUUGGGUUUUUCUUCUGGUGUGUUGACAGAUAUGAUCGUGCCGCCCUGUCGUCGAAAAUCAAACAUCCCAUCGAGCAGAUUUCGAAUACAGCAAACUCGAUAACGUCGAACAAGAGCCCGCCCGCUCAGGUCCAGCUACCCAGUCAUAGCUCCUUCGGAAACUGCGAGUUUGAUACCGCAUCUGCGCCUCCCCUACCGUACAGUGAAUGGCUCAUUCGCAAGAACUUCACUCGCGCGUUCAUCCGCCCGAAUCAGGUCAGCGCCCAGACACAAUUCCGUUCGUUAGAAGAUAUCGACACCCCCGUAUUACCCCCUUUCCGUGCGCUAGAACGCGGCUUGAUCAUUUCCGAUGAGAAUAACGACCGAACCGUCCCCUGUCCGACCGUCGCCAAUGUCAAUGUGGCUUUGGAUCACGAUGUUGAGGAGACCUCGAAAUUGCUAUUUGGUCUCGCCACAACAGUUGACCGACUGGAACGUCUGUUGCCGUCUUUGCUAUACUCCUUCGCCGGCACCAAGGCUAGUCUUUUGGUCCUAGUGCCUGAAUCGGACGAUAACCUCUCAGCCCAGGAGGCAUACUUCCGCUCCCGAGGACUCGACAUCACCCUCGAGAGCUCGCCACUAGAAUUCACCGCUCGUUAUUUCGGACUUGUUGAAGCAUGCAGUCUCUACAUCAAAACACAGCGCCCUCAAACCGAAUGGGUUGGCUUCAUUGACGACGACACCUUUUUCCCGUCGCUUCCCUCGGUUGCUCUUCAGCUUAAGCAAGCUGAUUCCUCGAAGAAACACUACAUUGGCUCGCUCUCGGAAGCAAGCUGGCAGGUAGAUACAUGGGGCCACAUGGCCUUUGGCGGCGGUGGUAUCUUCGUUUCGAAACCACUAUUGGAUAUCUUGAUGGAGAACUACGACGAGUGCCAAUCCUGGGGCGAACAACCAGGUGACCAGAAAUUGGGUCAGUGUAUUGAGCGCUCUAGUAAUACCCCUCUCACCUUGUGGCCAUCGCUACAUCAGAUGGACUUGACCGGAGCCCCCGAUGGUAUCUUCGAGUCCGGCCUUCAAAUCGACAGUCUCCACCACUGGAGUACCUGGUUUACCAAGGAUGUCGUGAAGAUGGGUGCCGUUGCUGCCGCGGCUGGUAAACGAUCAGUUCUCCGCCGCUGGGUCUUCGAUCAGCAGGAGUUCGUCGACCAGUCCACGGGGGAGUCGUAUCGCACAUUCUGGGUCCUGACGAAUGGACACUCGAUUGUCAGAUACACUCUAAUGCCUGGUACACCAAAUGACGCCAUUAACUUUGACCAUGUUGAGAAGACUUGGGAAGAGGACAUGGUUGGUUACACGCAGCGCUUCGGUGCCAUGCGAGAAAGAGAUCAAGACGGAGUGAUCAAGGAGCGCUACUUAUUGACAGACGCAAUCGUCAUUGGAGAUAACGUUCAUCAGUUCUAUACCAGAGAAGAAGAGACAAGUCAUAGUCUCAUCGAAAUAGUUUGGCUCGGCCCUAAGAGCGGCAGCAGCACUACUACGACCGGCAGCGUAGCCAGCGCUGGUGGCUCACGAAACCCUAACUAA